AUGGCGCCCCGCAGCUCCACUGCCGCUUUGACCAUUGCCGCAGGUGCCGCAGGCGUAGCCUCCAUGACCUUCGUGGCUUCAGCACCUAGCUCCGCUGGCGCUGCGCGGCAGAGCCAGGUCCAGGCGGCAUCUGCGCCUACCAGAGGAGCCGCUAGCAGCACUGCCCCGAUCGUGGGAACUGCAGCGCUCGCCACCGGGGCUGCCGUUCUGGCACAGCUCUCCACCUCAAGGAGACAGGCACGCGUUGCUAUGGGCAGUGGCCUGAUGAGCCCGGGCUACAACACCCUUCCCGAAUGGGAGAAGCCAAAGAAUGGCUUCGAGGGUUUGAACGGAGAUCAAGCUCCACUGGGAUUCUGGGACCCCCUUGGCCUUAGCAAGGACCAGGACGUAGAAGUGUUCAAAAGGCGCCGCGAGACGGAGAUUAAGCACGGCCGUGUUGCCAUGUUCGCAACCAUCGGCUAUAUUGUGCCGGAGUACUACAAAUUCCCCGGCUUGCUGUCUCCGUCGCAGGGACUGAAGUUCGCUGAUGUGCCGAAUGGACUGAAGGCGCUCUCAGUGGUCCCGAAGGAGGGUUGGGCACAGAUUUUGGCCUUCGCUGGCUUCAUUGAGCUUGUAGUCAACAAGAAGACUUCCGAGCCAGGAAACUACGGAAAAGGUUUCCUUGGGCUCGGAGCCGUCGGCUUCGGCAGCUCCAUCAACGACCCCGCGUUGCGCGCGAAGAAGCUCUCGGCAGAGAUUGCAAACGGCAGAUUGGCGAUGAUGGCAAUUAUCGGAAUGUUCUUCCAGGACGGUCUCACCGGAUCUGCCUGGGGUGAUUGGGCGCUGUAUACGGACUCGCCCCUUCGGGCAUUCGAGGACGAAACUGGUGUCCAAGCGCCAGUCGGCUUCUGGGACCCGCUGGGUCUGUCUGCUAGCGGCAACGUCUCCGACUUCAAGCGCCGGCGGGAAGUGGAGCUGAAGCACGGCCGAGUGGCCAUGUUCGCCACGAUCGGAUAUAUUCUGCCGGAAUACUGGCGCUUCCCAGGCUAUCUUUCCAAGUACUUGGACAUCAAGUUCGCCGAUGUGCCGAAUGGUCUGUCGGCUUUCUCCAAGGUGCCGGCCUUCGGCUGGCUCCAGAUCGUGGGCUUUGCGGGGAUCGUCGAGAUCCAAAUCUACAACGAGCAGAUCAAGGAUGAGCCUGGCAACUACGGAGCGGGCUUUUUAGGCCUCCGAUCCAUUGGCAUCAUGAACACCGGCAUCGAGGACCCGGAGGUCCGUAAGAAGAAGCUCAAUGCCGAGCUUGCCAACGGCAGGCUUGCCAUGAUGGCCAUCAUCGGGAUGUUCUUCCAGGAUGGGCUGACAGGCUCCGCUUGGGGUGACUGGGCGAACUACACAGCCUCCCCUUUGCGAGCCUUCGAGGGAGAGCUAGGUGUGCAGGCGCCGGUGGGCUUCUGGGACCCAGUGGGCUACACCCGCGACGGCAGCGUGGAAACCUUCAAGCGACGCCGCGAGACAGAGAUCAAGCACGGCCGAGUGGCAAUGUACGCCACCGUUGGAUAUAUUGUACCGGAGUACUUCAAGUGGCCUGGCUUCCUCUCUCCCUCCCUGGGCCUGAAGCUGGGAAGCAAUAUGCGCAGGGUUUUGGGAUCCGAGCUGGGUCUUAGAACGGUGAGAAGGUUCCUGCUGUGUUUACGUGAAAGUCUGUCGAACUUUCUUCAGGAUGACGGGCAGAAUCGGACUAUUGAAAUCCCUACUGGUAGGACCAGGAAGUUCUCUGAUGUGCCGAAUGGCCUGGCAGCCAUUUCCAAGGUGCCUGGUGCUGGCUGGGCUCAGAUCGUGGCCUUUGCAGGCUACUACGAGCUCUUCGUCUACAAGUUCAAGGGCGAGCCAGGAGCAUACGGCUGGAAGGCGAUCACAUCCGCCGAUCCCGAGGGUCUCAAGAAGAAACUAAACGCCGAGAUCGCCAACGGACGUUUGGCAAUGAUGGCGAUCAUUGGUAUGUUUUUCCAGGACGGCCUCACUGGCUCUGCUUGGGGAGACUGGGCAAAUUACACAGACUCGCCUCUUCGUGCUUUCGAGGAAGAGCUUGGAGUCCAGGCGCCUGUCGGCUUUUGGGACCCAGUUGGCUACACCCGCGAUGGCAGCGCGGAAACCUUUAAGCGACGCCGCGAGACGGAGAUCAAGCACGGGCGAGUGGCAAUGUACGCUACUGUUGGUUACAUUGUGCCGGAGUACUUCAAAUGGCCUGGCUUCCUCUCGCCCUCUUUGGGCCUGAAGUUCUCGGACGUGCCAAACGGCCUUGCGGCCAUUUCCAAGGUUCCGGGCGCCGGUUGGGCUCAGAUUGUCGCUUUCGCAGGAUACUACGAGCUCUUCGUUUACAAGUUCAAGGGUGAGCCCGGGGCAUAUGGAUGGAAGGCCAUCACUUCUCCCGAUCCUGAGGGCCGGAAGAAAAAGCUCAAUGCGGAGCUCGCCAAUGGCCGAUUGGCAUUGUCGGGUGGUGCUCUGGCCUCCGGCAACGUGCCUGCCAUCGUCAACACAGUGCCAGCUCGCCCUGGUGUGCCCGCCCACUUCAAGGUGACGCUCGAGACUCCCGAUGGCACUCAAUCUUUCGAAUGCCCUGAGGAUGUGUACAUUCUGGAUCAGGCUGAGGAGGAGGGUUUGGAGCUGCCGUACUCCUGCCGAGCGGGCUCUUGCUCCAGCUGCGCCGGCAAGGUGCUGGAGGGCGAGAUUGACCAGAGCGAUCAGGCCUUCUUGGACGAUGACCAGAUGGGCGAGGGCUUCUGCUUGACGUGUGUGACGUACGCCACCUCGGACGUCACCAUCAAGACCCACUGCGAGGACGAGUUGUGA